AUGAAGUCAUAUCUUUAUGCUCAAGAUGAACAUGUGUGGAAUAUUGUAGAAAAUGGCUGGACUAUACCUAUGGUAAAAGCAAAAGGAGAAAGCUCCUCCACUGCCACCCCUAAACCAAGGAAGGAUUGGACUGAGGAAGAAGUUCGGGAUCUGCAAGCAGACUUCAAGGCUAAGAACAGCAUUUUCACAGCCCUAUCUGAACGGGAAAAGCUGAGAAUCAGUCACUGUGAUACUGCCAAGCAAGCAUGGGAUCUUCUACAGACUACAUAUGAAGGAAACAAAAAGGUACGCGCUCAGAAAUUACAAGCACUGAUUUUUGAGUUCGAAACUAUGACUAUGGGAGAUGAUGAAACCAUUGAUGAUUUCCACGGUAGAAUUCUUAAAAUCUCUGGUCAGUAUCGUAGUCUGGGAGCACCAUUUGAUGAAGAUAAGAUUGUCAAAAAGAUUCUCAGGGCUCUACCAGAAAAAUUUCAUUCAAAAGUCACUAGUAUAGAGGACUCAUUUGAUAUUGAUGUGUACCCACUUGAUGAGCUCAUCGGCAAUCUCAAAACUUAUGAGAUGAGGUUAAAACCUGAGAAGAAGAAUAAGGGUGUAGCCUUCAAAGCAGUAAAAGGGGCUGAAGAGGAAGAAGAAACACUAGAUCUUGCUCUACUCACAAAGGAGUUCAAAAGAUUUCUAAAAAACAAGAACUCCUCUAGAAACCCUAAUGCUCCUAGGAAAAACACCUAUGGGGGAAGCAGCAGCAGCAGUGACUACAAUGGCAAGAGUGGAAAAGGAUGCCUCAAGGGAACUCACUCUGGAAAACCUAAAUGCUAUGAGUGUGAAGUGGAAAAUCUGGCACUUGUAUCGUCACUUCUACCUGAUUCAGACAGUGAUGAGACAUUCUCUGAUGAUGAAACAAAUAUCCGCUGCAAACAACUCUACAAAGCUUCAAAGGCCACAUUACUCAGAAACUUGAGCUUAGAAAAGGAAGUUGAAUUUCUAAGAACAGAAAAAGAAAAAAUGGAGCACAUGUUGGAGACUUCACAAUCCACAUGGGAACAGGGAAGAAGAAACCUUGUAACUGAGAUGGCUAUCCCGUCAAGUGAUCAGAACUCAUCAAAUUGGAAGGCUGAAAAAGGUGAACUUCUGAACAAAAUCAAAAUGCUGGAACUGGAUGUGAGGGGACAACAAGUCCUAAACCUGGAGUUAUUAGCUAAAAAUGAGUCCUUACAAGAUGAGUUAAAAUUAACUCAAGAAAGAUUCAUCAAGUUCGAUAUCAGCUCCACUUCCAUGUCAAAGUUGCUCGGAUCAGGAAAAGCUCCUCAUGAUACAUGUGGGCUAGGAUACACUGGAGAAAAUUCCAAAAGCACCAAGUUCGUACGAGCCUCAAAACCAUCGGUAGAGCAGAAAGAUGUCUCCAUUGAUGAGCAUGUCAAAAGUGUAAAGGAAGGUAACUCAAACCAACACCAUCAGGUAAAACUUGACCAAGAAUCCCCCACUGGUCAACACAGCCAAAUUCAUCAACGCUCUCACAUUGAAGCAACUUGUUUAGUAGCUUUAACUGCAUUAGCUGACAAGCGACGAGAUUUUUGGUAUGUUGACAGUGGUUGCUCUAGACACAUGACUGGAGACAAAACAUGGUUUACUUCGUUUGAGGAUGAAAAUACCACAGGAUCAGUCACGUUUGGAGAUGGAAGGAAAGCUAACAUUCUAGCUCGAGGUACAGUAAACACUCCAGGUAUACCUAACCUUAAAAAUGUGUUAUUCGUUGAAGGAUUAACUGCAAAUCUGAUUAGCGUCAGCCAUUUGGCUGAUGACUAUGAAGAUGUGCGGUUCAACAAAUAG